AUGUCAACAACUAUAAAUAGAAAUGAAAAAACAAAACAAGUUGUAAAUAAAACUAAAGAGAUUAAAACAGAAUCAUCUCAACAACAACAACAAAAACCACCAAUUUCAAAAUUAAUGGGAAUUAUUUUAGCAACUAGACCAUGGUCAUUAACAAUUUCAGUUACAUCAGUAUUGGUUGGAUCAGCAUUAGCAUUUAGAGAGAUUAGAGAAUUUGAUAGUAUAAUGUUAUCAAUUAUUUUAGUUGGAGCAGUUUCAUUACAAGCCUUAGGUAAUGUUGUAAAUAGUUUUUAUGAUUGUAAGAAUGGAAAUGAUACCAAAGAGAAAUCAGCCGAUAGAACAAUGUUUGAUUUUGGUUUAACAGAGGGUAAUAUUAUAAAUUUAAUUUGGUAUUUAUUAAUUCAAUGUGCAAUUUGUUUGGGUUUAAUGAUUUUUAGAAUGGAUAAUAUCAAAUGUAUAGUGGAGAAUAUCCUACCAUUGGGUGCUUUUGGCUUCAUUUUAAACAUCUCCUAUACUGCCGCUCCAAUUGGUUUAAAAUAUAUUGGAUUGGGUGAUUUAACCAUUUUCUUAUGUUUUGGUCCAAUCUUGGUACAAUCAGCAUUCAUCUCUCAAACUCAUUAUCAUGAUUCAUUAGCUUACUUUUAUUCAAUCCCAUUGGCUUUGACAAUCGUUGCUGUUUUACAUGUAAAUAAUACAAGAGAUAUUAAAGCUGAUACAGAAGCUGGUUCAAUUACAUUAGCUUCAAAAUUAGGUUUUAAAAAUUGUUAUUAUAUUUAUGCUGGCUUAUAUUUAUUUGCCUAUAUUUAUUUAUUUAAAUUAUCAUUAGAUAUUGAUAAAUAUAUUUUAAAUUUACCAUUAAUUUUAAUUCCAAAAAUUAUUUCAUUAAUUAAUCAAUUUAAAAAUAAAAAAUUAGAAGAUCUCACUGAAAAAACUGGUCAACUCUCCUUCUUUUUUGGUGGUUUAAAUGCAAUUGGUGUUUUAUUAAGUAUGCAAUAA